CGCAAACCACUGCCUUAUCAAAAGGGCGCCCAUUUGCCAAAUACGCCAGCCUUUUACCAGUCCACCUCGCAAUAUGGAUACACACGAUGUCUCUCAGGUUCGGGAAUACCUGCAAGUCCUACAGAAGCAGAAGCAAUCUCUCCGAGAUGCCCAAUCUCGCAAGGGACAGACUCCGAAACCCACCAAGUCUCGCGACGAGAUCAUGAUGGAGUUUAUGUUUCGCCGAAUGAUGGCAAGUAAUCGACCUACCAACCAACAUGAUAUUCACUCCUCGUUCGUGCCUCCAGCCUACCCACCCUCUGUUGCUCCUUUGAGUACCCUGGAGAGGAUACUGGUCACAGAUCUCACCCUCGAGACCUAUCAUCGUGGACUCUACAUUCUGCUAAGAGCAGUCACACCGACAGACAAAAUGACUGCGGUCAUGGCCGUGGUGGAAGAUGAGAGAGGAGAUGUUGUCAUGUUACAGUUGUACAACCAGGAGAAAGAGCUCUCGACCGAUGGCCGUCUCGUGGAAGGAACAGUGAUACUUGUCAAGGAGCCUUACUUGAAGAUCAUGGCUGAUGGGAACUACGGGCUGCGAGCUGACCAUCUCUCCGAUAUCAGAUUUCUGCCAGACCAUGACCCUCUGAUACCGUUGGCGUGGCGAGAUCAGCGACGAAUCGAUGCAUCAGCCAACCAUUAUAAAAGCAGAGGCAACGAGUGCUUCACCAAGAAUGAGCACCAUCUCGCUAUCAAUCACUAUUCCAGGGCUCUGAGUUCCUCCCCGACUGCCGACGAAGCCAUCACAAUCCGACUCAACCGUGCUCUGACUUAUCUCAAGACUCACCAAUUUGACGCGGCCCUUCGUGACGUUGAAGCCGUCCUAUCCGACCACGAAUGCUCUGAAAAAGCCCUCUUCCGCAAAUCCCAGGCUCUUUACCAUCUCGCGAGAUUUGAAGAAUCGUGCAAAGUCCACCAAGUGCUUUCCAAAGCGUACCCUAACAAUACGGCCGCAAGAGUCGAAUUCGACCGCGCAACUGCCCGACUAGCAGAACAGCAGACUGGAAAAUACCCAUUCAAGUACCUGCACAGAGAGGCAAGGAAGCGUUGCCCACCGCUCCUGGACCGCGCAACAUAUAUCGGUCCCGUCUCUGUCAAACCAACUGAGUCUCACGGACGAGGCCUAUUCACGACAGAAGCAGUCCAAGCCGGUGAUCUACUGCUUUGUGAGAAAGCCUUCGCGUAUGCCUUUUAUAACGAACGUACCGGUACUCCGAGCAAUCUUUCGGUACUGAUGAACACGGAAACGGACACGAUCACAAAGGGUACCCAGGCAGAACUUAUCACCCUGAUCGCGCAGAAGCUGUACAAAGUCCCGUCACUUAGGUCAGCAUUCAUUGAUCUUUACCAUGGUUCAUACAACCCUGUUGAUGCCGCAGACGUGGAUGGUACGCCCGUUGUCGACACCUUCCUCAUAGAGCGUAUAAUGUCACUUAACUGCUUCGGCUGCUCCUUAUCGUCCCGUGAAUCUCACGUUCGCACCAUGAAAGAAGCCGAAUCACAGUUAGAACCUACCAAGAACGAGACCUUCGACUCCUGCGGUAUCUGGCCUCUAGCAUCAUAUAUCAACCAUUCUUGCAACAGUAACGUUCGCCGCUCAUUCAUUGGCGAUAUGAUGAUUAUCCGCGCUGCACAAGAUCUGCCCGAGAAUACCGAACUGGUUUUCUGGUACAAGGUACCCCUCGAUAAUACCUCUAAGGCGAAAUACCUGAAUCUGGAGCAUUGGGGCUUCAAGUGCAGCUGCGCGAUCUGCCAGGAUUGUAUUGAAACGGAGGACAGCAAUCUGAUGAAGCGAAGGAGACUCACCACAGACGUGGCGAAUGCUUUCCAGUCCCUAGGCAAAUCCCGUAAACCGAGCUCGGUUAUUUCUCGGAUUGAAGACCUCGUUUCUAAACUUGAGGGGACGUAUUGCAAGCCAGCAGUCGAAGUUCCCCGUCCUGGUAUUUGGAAGGCGUAUUCGAGUCUAGCGGUUUUCCACGCUUCUCGGGGGGUCUCAGAGAAAGCUGUUGAGUUUGCAUUGAAGACUUUGGAGUCGCUGGGUUACGUACUUGAAGGUGGAAGACCUCCUCAUAGAUCAGGUGUGCGGCUGCGCGUUGUGAAAUGGGGUCUUAUGGUGGAUGGUCUUGUUGGGUGUUGGAUGAUCCUUUGCAGAGCAUACUGCGAUGUGGCUCCUGAACUGGCAGACCAGGCAGAGUACUACGCUAGGACUACCUAUAGGGUGUGUGUUGGCGAGGAUGAGACUUUUGGGGAUACGUACAGUCGCUUCUCAGGGCGGGCAGACGGAUUUCUUGGUCAGGCAAAAUAGAAAUUCGUGAAGUACAGUUGUCUGGUGUCUAUACUUGGUUGAACAGAAUAGAAGGCUUCAGUAAGGGAAGAGAACCAUGAAGGGGUUUGAUCUUCGCUGAAGCUUGCUACAAUGGCGAUUAGACACCGUACAUAGCAUACUGCCGCGAGGAUUCAAACACUGGUGAAUCGUGCGGCUGUUCGAAAUUUUAUCUCCCAUCCAAUCUCUCCUGAGUCGUCUUCAUGCAUUCAGGAAUGCCAGUCUCCUCAAAUGAGAUUCCCUCUUUAAUCAUCCGUG